AUGGUCGUCAACCACCGCUGUAGUACCGGACCCGCGUGGAAGGACGCCGUCGGGCGGUUGCGGCAGAUCGAGAGGGACGAUCGGGAGUUUGUGCGAGAAGCCCCGGACACCGACAGAAACCUGGUGCGCGCCACGACAGCAAGGCUGUACGUUAGAUAUAUGGUGACUAGUAACGAACUAACGGCAUGCCAUAACAACAUUAUACAACCACAGUUACGGAUUUUUAUAAAAAAAUUAUUAAUGUGCACUUUUGGACGUAUACUUGAACUCAAACAAAUUCUUAUAAAUGAAGACUUCUCAAUAUACACACCAAUAAUUGAAGAAUUGAAUAAUAUGAAAAUAACCUAUGACCAGUUUGAAUUAAGUAUACCUCGAUGUUUCCGAAAUGAGAGACUAUCAUUUUUAGACGAUAUGGACAAUAAGAUUGAUGAAAUAAAUAACCGUAUUUUAAUAGAAGAAAACAAUGACUUAUUAAUCGAAAUACCAAACGAAAGUAUUAAAAUAGACGAUGUAAAGAGGUCUAGCACUAGCCAAUUGAUCAGUCAAGAAUCAUCCGAAUCCUAUUUCGAUGUAGAUAAAUUUGUUUCCAAUACACAACCUGUAAUUAAAUUUGAAAAAAUAAGUGCAGAUAAUUCAAGAGAAUUGUCUAUAAAACUCAUUCAAAAACAUAUCAGAGCAGUAAGAGAUCGUGUGGCUGUCAAUGAAUUAAUACUUGCUAGAAUAACUAGAAGCAAUAUAAUUUCCGGGAAGUAUAAACAGCCUAGCAAAGAGAAAGGCCAAGAAGCGGCAGCUAAGAUUCAACGAUUUUGGAGACAUUAUCGAAUAAUGACAAUAGUUAAUGCUAGAAAACUAAAACGACAAGUUCAACUUGGUAUGUACAUGACUAGUGAAAAAAUGAAUUUCGAUAUUAAUCGUGAACUAGAGGACACAAUUCGAAUACAACAAACUGAAGCAGAUAUAGAAUAUCGUAAAAUUAUAAGUAAAUUGGAAGACAAUUUUAUCCAACGCAACAAAUAUGAAAUAAUAGAAGAAAUCGAAGAUGAGCUUAGGGCAUACGUGUGGACAUAUUUUGAAAUGUGUCAUCAUUUACCGUCUUGGCCAAAUUCGAAACCUAUCAUGUUCUCUGACGAUAAUGAUAAAAUGAUUGGAUUACCACCGAUAAUUUUAUCGCCAGCUAUCUUAAAACAGUUAAAUAUACCGAACGUACAUUAUAAGUCAGCAUUAAAACAACGAUUACCACUUGGAGGUUCGGCUAUUAUUCAAACAGGAAGGUGGAUGACUAUAGAAAUGGCUGAAAUACUUGCAUUGUUAAUUAUAGAAUUUGAAAAAAAACCAGCAAAAGAAAGAAAUGAUCUAAUCAAACAACUGGCAGAAAAAAAUAAAAUUGAAAAAGAAAAAGAACUUGAAACAGCAAAACUUAGGGAAAAGUUGACAGCAGCAAUUAAAAUUGUGGGCAUCGUUUUGGAAUCAAGUGAAUUGACGGAAUGGUUUAAAGAAACGUUUAAUGAAUAUGAUAGUAAUUGGGCGUUAGAUAGUGGAAUCGAAAAUAAACCUAGGGAAGAUCUAAUAAAAUCUGAAAUUUAUUCAAAGGCUCAAGUGGAACUUAGAACUAUAGUUGAUGAAACUAUUAAGGAAGAAUUAAAUAUUCUAAAAAUGGCAUAUGCUAAGGAUUUGAAAAAGAAAUAUAAAAACCCCCAAAAAAAAAGUAAAAAAAAAAAAAAAGGUCAGAAAAUAAAAUUAACACCAGAUCCAAAUGAAAUCUUUGAAGAGUUGGUUAAAAACAAUCUAAUUAAAAAGUCAGUAACCUCUAGAUUUAUAGAUUUUCAAGGAGAAGUAUCAUUGAGCGCUUGUGUAUUAAGAGAAAAUCCAUAUUAUUCUGAUCCACCCUAUUGCUUAGGUGAUAUACGUCAAAUUAUCAAAGAGUUUUGUGUUAUUGGUUUGAUUUUUGAGGAGCUUCGUACAUUAAAAAAUAUCGAAUUCAGUCGAUCACUAUUGAUAGCUGGUCCAAAAAAGUCUGGAAAAUCAAUGUUAACAAAUGCAAUAUGUACAGAAACUGGAUCAUUGAAGAUCCAACUAACACUUAAGAAUGUGUCAGAAAAUUAUCCAGAACUCUCGAAAAUAAAUGAAUUAGUCAAAAAUAUUAUUAUAUUUGCUAGAACAUAUCAACCAGUUGUGAUCGAAGUGGAAUUAGCUGAUGUUCCAUUUUAUAAGAAAAUUCCAAAAGACUUAAAAGUAUAUAAACCAAAUUUGAUGGCAAAGUUGAUGAUGAAGAUUGUGAAAUCAUUAAGCAAAUCUGAUCGUGUAAUAGUUAUAGGAAAAGCAACAAGCCCUUGGUUGACUUCCAAAACAAAAUUAUCAAACAUAUUCGAAACCAUAGUGUUCACCGUGCCUGAUGACUGUACUAUAUUUUUAUUUCUCAACGACUUACUAAUGAACUAUCCAGUAGUCAGCCGAAGAUUUCCAGUUACACCAUUGGCUAAAAUGUUGGGCGGUUUUUCAAAGCAGAUGAUAGCCGACAUUGUGGCUGAAGUAAUGACCACUGAACGGGUGCUAACAAUCAGACAAUAUCCAUUGAACCCCGUGGAGUUUGUACCCGUAAUGUUAAAAUAUCCGAAGCAGAACCCUCAACAGUUUGAUCUUUACAAAAAGUGGUACGACAAAUAUGUAUCUAUGGGUAAUAAAAAAGUAUUAGAAAUGGAAGCAAAACUAGCAUUAAUAAAUAAAAUUACAAACAAAAAAUAA